AUGGGCUUCAAAGAAGUCUUCAAGAGCCGCUCCGGCCUGCGCGUCGAUAAUCGCAAGACGACAUCCGCCGCGACAUUAACCCUGCGCCAGAGUCUAUGGCCACUCAGUCUUGUGACGAUUCUAUUCUUUUUAUGGGGCUUCGCAUACGGUCUCCUAGACACUCUCAACAAGCACUUCCAAAACACAUUGCACAUUGAUCGGACCCGCUCAGCAGGUCUCCAAGCUGCAUACUUCGGCGCAUACCCACUCGCCUCGCUCGGCUACGCAAACUGGAUCCUACGUCAUUAUGGAUAUAAAACGGUCUUCAUCUUCGGUCUAACACUAUACGGCAUCGGCGCACUGUGUAUGUGGCCGGCAGGUCUACACCAAUCCUUCGGCGGAUUCUGCGGUGCGACUUUCGUGAUUGGGUCUGGGUUGGGAUCUCUCGAGACCGCUGCGAACCCGUACUUGACCGUCUGUGGUCCACCCCGCUACGCCGAAAUCCGAAUCAACUUCGCGCAAUCCUUCAACGCCAUCGGCACCGUCGUAGGUCCCGUACUAGGCUCGUAUGCAUUCUUCACCACGACGAAUGAUAACGUCGAGGCACUGCAGCGCGUGCAAUGGGUGUACCUGGCCAUCGGUAUUUUCGUCUUUUGCCUCGCCGGGGUAUUUUUUGUCUCGAAUAUCCCCGAGGUUACAGAUGAAGAUAUGGCGUUUCAGGUGUCGACUACUCAUGUUGAUGAGCAGGAUAAACCGCUUUGGAAACAGUGGAAGUUGUUUCAUGCUACGUUGGCACAGUUUACGUAUACCGGUGCCCAAGUUGCCAUCGCGGGUUACUUCAUCAACUACGCCGUCGAGACCUGGCCCGGCACUGACAGUGCCAAGGGUGCGAAACUGCUUGCUGGUGCGCAGGGUGCAUUCGCCAUGGGUCGAUUCCUUGGCUCGGGGAUCAUGAAGUAUACCAAGGCCCGCUAUGUGUUUGGCAUUUAUCUGUCUUGUUGUGUGGCAUUCCUAGCUGCAUCUGUGACGCAAAGAAAUCAGACCGGUAUUGCGAUGCUCUACAUGACCCUGUUCUUCGAAUCGGUCUGCUUCCCGACCAUCGUGGCACUGGGUAUCCGCGGCCUCGGCCGCCACUAUAAGCGUGGUUCGGGCUUUAUUGUUGGAGGUGUAUGCGGCGGAGCAAUUGUCCCGCCUAUUUUGGGCCAUGUCGCUGAUAUGAGGAACAAUACUGGGUUUGCAUUCAUUGUUCCUACUAUGUUUAUGGUCGUUGCGUGGACAUAUGCCGUCGCGGUCAAUUUUAUCCCCUCGUAUAAGCUCACUGUGGACAAGGUCGGUGAGAGUACGGUUGGGUUGCAGAACCAGAAUGUUAAAGAUGAAGAGGCUGUUGUUGGGACGAGGGGUGACACUGCUGAGAAGGAUUUGGGCCAUGCUGAUGCGAGUUUGGACAAGGAGGGUGGACCGGUUCAUAUUGAGCGGUAA